GCCCGCCCUUCCGCUUCCCGCCCGUCCGCCGCCGCCGCGCGUCUCUGAGGGAAGGAGAGCUGCAGGGCUCGCCAGCCGCCCGCCAGGAUGUCGUACAUGCUCCCGCACUUACACAAUGGAUGGCAGGUGGACCAGGCCAUCCUGUCGGAGGAGGACCGGGUCGUGGUCAUCCGCUUCGGGCACGACUGGGACCCGACGUGCAUGAAGAUGGAUGAGGUCCUGUACAGCAUCGCCGAGAAGGUUAAAAACUUUGCUGUUAUUUAUCUUGUGGACAUCACUGAAGUACCAGACUUCAACAAGAUGUACGAGUUGUACGAUCCCUGUACCGUCAUGUUUUUCUUCAGGAACAAACACAUCAUGAUUGAUUUAGGUACAGGUAAUAACAACAAGAUCAACUGGGCAAUGGAAGAUAAACAGGAGAUGAUUGACAUUAUAGAAACUGUUUAUAGAGGAGCCCGCAAAGGUCGAGGUUUGGUGGUAUCACCGAAAGAUUAUUCCACUAAAUACAGAUACUGAUGUUUCUUUGGGCUGCCUUUUUUCCUAACCCUGUGUUCACUUAAAUUUAUUUCUGUGUGUGUACAUAUAUGUAUAUUAAAAGAAAAAAAAAAAAAAAACAACCUAUAAAUCCUUGAAUUUUGAGCCUAUUUUGAAUUAUUUAAAAUAUUUGAAUUCCAUUUGAAAAGUAGAAGACUCAAAGCCCGGAACUGUCUUGUACUAUUUUAUCUGAAUUUUGAUGUUUUGUUUUUUACAGACUUUAUCCUUUGUUGUCCUUUUGGUAUUAUGUAUUUUUGUACACAGCCUGUUUGCAGAAAAACAUUUCAACUGGUUUGGUUUGCUUUUGUUACACAAAUAUGUGGGAAAACUAUACUAUAGCGUUUUUAAAAGAAUAAAGUGAGUUCCACUUAUUCACCUUAAUUUUUUUCAUCUAAUUAAAUUUCAGUAUGAAAACAGGUGUAAUUGCAUUCAAAUCCAUAAUGUUGAAG